AUGAGGCACCCACCGGAGAAUCACUCUCUGUUCCGGUGUGAUCCAAUUGACAACAUUGUUGCCGAAGUGCACCUUGCAAAGUUGGAUGAGAAGUACAUGAUUGAAGAAGCAAAUGAAGAUCCAAGCAAAUUAAACACCACACACCAUACAAACCAUCCCGAGAUUCAAACUUCAAAUCAUGACAAAAAGAUGGAAUUAAAGCCACUACCACCCCACCUAAAGUACUCAUAUCUUGAUGAAGCCCAAAAGCUCCCCGUGAUAAUUGCAAAGGAGCUAACCCCUCAACAAGAAGAAAAGUUGCUAGAUGUCUUGAGGAAAAAUAAAAGGGCAAUCAGGUGGAGUUUGGCGGAUCUAGUGGGAAUAAGCCCCCAAGUAUGCGAGCACCGCAUAUUUCUUGAAGAAGGAGCAAGACCGGUCCGACAACCUCAAAGGAGACUUAAUCCAACCAUUCUUGAGGUUGUGAAAAAAGAGGUCACUCGGCUACUUGAAGCGGACAUCAUCUAUCCCAUCUCGGAUAGCGAGUGGGUAAGCCCGGUCCAAGUGGUGCCAAAGAAAUCUGGGGUGACCACAAUCAAAAAUGAAAGCGGUGAACUUAUAGCAACAAGGGUGCAAAAUUCUUGGAGGGUAUGCAUAGACUACCGAAGAUUGAAUGCGGCCACAAGAAAAGAUCACUUUCCACUACCAUUUAUUGAUCAAAUGCUUGAUCGACUAGCCGGUAAAUCAUAUUAUUGA